AUGACACUCGCGGCAAAGAAAAAAGUGUCUAAUCAACAACGUAGUUAUGAAUAUGUCUGCCGAUGUUUUGAUUCACAGAUUGUUAAUAGCUUAGACUUAAUAGACUUCUUAAGAGCUGAGGGUGUGCUAGUUAAGGAUGAAAAUCGCUUUAAAAUGUCAUCUGUUCUUUCCCUGAAAUACAUUACGAACCUAGUCAUCCAAUUCUUUGACCAAGACAUCAUUUCUGGAGCAUUCUAUCUGUUGUUUAAAAUUGUGCGUGACGUAUAUGUGAAUGGUUAUAAAAAUCAACGUGUUCCCCGAGAAAGCGUCUACGAUACAGAGAUGCACAGGAUCUUAAUUAACUGGAUUUCCAAACAACGUAACUUUAAGGUCACUUGUAAGUGGCAUAAGGAAGAACAUUGUGCCAAUGAAAAAGAUAAGCACACAUGUAGUGAUAUUGUGAUGAAAACUCCGUAUCAAAAAAUUGUUCUGGAUCUUGCAACCAAAACACAACUCGAUGCACAUUUUGUACGGGCACUUGAAUAUGGAAAUAAGCUAUCUGCAGAAGAUGUUUGGAUAGUACAUUCACAUGUGAGGAUAAUUCAACCGAAAAUCCUUAUUAUCCAUCUGAUAAAGAAUUGA